AUGUGGAUCACCGCCUCCGAGCUGGCAGAGAGGCUGACACGAGCUUCAGCGGGUCAGCUGCACGCAUCGGAUCCGCAAUCCUCCACAGCCAUCAUCGACGUGCGCGACGACGAUUUCGAAGGAGGCAACAUUGUCGGCUGCAAGAAUGUGCCCAGCCGAAUCUACAGGGACAGCGUCAAGGGCGUGGUCAGGGAUGUGGAGCAGUGUGAGUGCAGUUUGCGAUCCGCGUCGCAAGCAACGUCGUCGCCACAUGCUCACAUUCCCGCAUACCGCAGACCCCCUCGUCGUCUUUCACUGUCAGCUCUCGCAAUCCAGGUGGGUUCAAAUAAUGCGCAUACAUACAGGCGCAAGUCGAUCGCCGCUGAGGUUUUGCAAACUGCCAUAGAGGACCAACCGCAGCGCGACUUUACAUUGACGAACGAGUAUCGCAACUCGAGGCUGGCAAGCUGAAGCCUUUGCGGGAGCCGAGGGAGUCGGAUGAUGAGAUUGGAAAGUGCAUCGAGGGCGGUCAAGAGAUUCGCAUCUUGAGGGGCGGCUUUUCUUCCUUUGGGGAGCAGUACAAGGUGAGUGGCGGAAGUGCGAGUUUGAGUGGAGUGGAGUGGAGUGGAGUGGAGUGGAGUGGAGUGGAGUGGAGUGCUCGCAUGCCCGAUACUGCGGCGGUCGAGACUCGGGGCUCGUUGAGCAGCGCGCAGUCCGUGGCAACUGCGUCUAAUCGGUCUUCAUCAACGUCGCCAUUCACGUCCGCAGGCGAACCCUAAGCUCGUCGAAAAUUGGGAUCAAGAGUCUCAGGAUUAUCGAUGA